CGGAGGCGGCGCAGGGCCCGGGGCAGGCGCAGGGCCGCACACCGCCGGCAGCCCGCGGCCGGGCGCCCCGCUCCGCCCCGCCGCCCGCGGGGAGCACCGUGCGCCGGGCAGAGGGGAGCGAGGCGAGGCGGGGAGGGCGCGCGGCCGAGGCAGCCCCGAUGGCCAAGCAGCCCCCCGAGGUGAAAGCGCAACGCGACGGCGAGGGCGGGCGGUUGCCUCCACCGGCGGCGGCGGCGGCGGAGGGGCCGGGCCCGGCCGCGCAGCUGCGCCCCGGAGCUCCCGCCGCCCUGCCCGGCUCCUCCGCCGCGGCGGGGCCUCCGCCCCGGGGCCCGCCCGCCAGCCCCGGGCCCUUCGCCACCCGAUCGCCCCUCUUCAUCUUCGUGCGGAGGUCGCCGCUGCUGUCGCGUUCCUCCAGCGGGUACUUCUCCUUCGACGCCGAGCGCAGCCCCGCGCCCCUCAGCUGCGACAAGGCCACGCAGACCCCCAGCCCGCCCUGCCAGGCCCUCAGCCACUGCCUCAGCGCCAUGGCUUCCCGGGGGCAGUCUCACUCGCUAGUGGAAGACAUACAGCCCGAAAUCUGGAUUGCACAGGAGCUGCGGCGCAUCGGAGACGAGUUCAAUGCCUCCUAUUGUCCAAGAAGGGGUUUCUUGGAUAACCGGGCGGGAAACCCCCAGAUCAUCAUUUUGCGCCUCCUGCGUUACAUCAUCCGCCUCAUCUGGAGGAUGCAGUGAGCACCGGGCGCGUCCCGAGGCGCCAGGACUAGUUUACUUGUUGGGAAAGCCUGGGGAGGACGGACAGAGGGACGGUCGCAGGGCUCCCCGCGCCGCCCGGCUCCCACCCUGCCUCUCCCGUGGGGACACACGGCAGGGGCCGUCGGAUGAGGGCGGACAUCCCACGCCGACCUGCUGGGACUCUCCGAUGCAGGAUUUUGUCCGAGAGUGGUGUUUACUGCAUUUCUCUCAACUCUUUCAUUAUUUUUUCUUUUUUAUUUUUCCAAAAUAGUCUCAGCGAAAAUUUUCAACAGCAAUGGAAUAACUUUUUUUGGCAUCAUUUCUGGAGGCCUGUCGGCUCGUCUGGGAUAAACCCUGCAGCAGGGAAGAGGAAAGCCUGAGCCAGCUGACGGGCAGAGCCGCCUUAGUUUGCCUUGCAGACCUUAUUGCAGAGACUCGUGGAGCCCUCGCCUCUUCCUCUGCCACCUGGGCGCUUGCCCAUGGAAAAGGAUGGCGAUGAUGGAAGAAGAGCAGAGGGAUUUAAAUCAGCACUUCUUUUACCUGUAAAUACCUAAUGCUACCCUAAAUUCACCUUCAUUUGCAUCAUGCAAAUAGCCUAUUUCCUGCUGACUGAUUUUUUUUUUUUUUUUAAUAUAUAUAUGUAUAUUUUUUUUUAACACUCUGAAUUUCAUGACUUAGCUGUCAGACUCCCAGGGUCCGAAAUACCACAACCAACCAAACAAAAAAACCCAAUCCACCAGGUUGCCUUUUUUUGUUUUGAGAAAUUCUUUCUAUCAAAUGUGUGAAAACGCUUGCAUAUUGUAUGAUAUUAUAUAUAAUAUAUAACGUUGGUGACUGACUAAUUCAGCAAUAAAACGUUCUCGGAGGCAGGUAAAAACAGUUCCCAGCACACCGCAGCUUUGCACCCGGCGACGGCAGCUCCUGCUGCGUAACUCCAGGAACUGUUUUAAGCCGUUGCUGUUGAAACCAGGAGGGUUUUUAAGGCGCUGGAUUUUUUUUUCCCCCCCUGGGAUCCUCUGCGUUCAGACAGGACAGCCCGGAGCAGGGCGAUAAGCGGGAUGGGAUCGUCAGCGUGAAGAACCCGGAGGCUCGUGCGCUGGGAUGAGGCGCCGAAGGAUGCCGACCUGGUACGGAUCCGCUCCUCAUCGACUGCCGCGUCUCCUCCCGAGCUGCCCUCCUUCCCCUGGGAAGACCUGACCGGGUGCUCGAUGCUGUCCCACGGCAUCUCCCCUUCCACCCGGACACCCCGCACCCUUGCUGGAGGAGCCCCCAGGGCUUGUCGGAAGAAGCAGGUCUGUCUCCUCGGGCCCCUCCGUGGUCUCCGGUUCAUCUCGCGGGUGGCUGCUGCAUGCCAGGUGCUUUCAGGAGGGGUGGCUGCUCCAGCCACCCCCGUAUCUAUGCACAAAUGUACCCCUCUCUGCCUCCAGAGCUGCCCCUUUCCUCUGGCGGCUGCAGGUGGUCCUCGAAUCCGCUUCCAAACGCCGCGGUUUUAUCUCUGGUUUCACCAGCACCAUAGGAAAAAAAAAAGAUUAAAAAACCCAAGAAAAAACCAAACCCAAGCCCACGAGAGUGAUUUUCCCUGCAAUACGUGUGCAGGGAGAAGCUGUUGAGUGCCAUGGAUGAUUAGUAGUGUUUUUAACAUGGACAAACUGUACAAUCUGACCUCUAUGCACUGGCUGCCUGUGCCUGUUGGGUGGGCGAAGAGCCGUGGUGUCGGUGCGGGGCUGCGUGCCUCCGACUGCACUCCUCUCUGGAGGAUUACAGUGAUUUUUUUUAAAAAAAAAAUUAAUUUUAUUAUCAAUUUUUGGACCUGCAAACUGAGCGUGGGUUGCAGGAGUUUGGCCUCAGCUGCAGGAGCAGGGGAUGUUUAGGAAAGGGUAUUUUGGAGAGGCUGUGGGGGGAACCUUUGCACUGGUGGAGAGCGAGCGGUUAAAAUCUCUGGGGAGCUUGGCCAGGGCAGGUUCCUGCUCCUCGUCCCCUUGGUUUUGGCUCACCGUAGCUGUGCUGCCCCAGCCGUGCCCCAGCCAUCGCCUCUUUUCUGUAGGGUUUAUAAGGAAAACCCUGGCAGGGAGGCUGCCGCCGCGGGUUUCCCAUGGGAACCUCCGUGGAAUUGCAUGGCUGCUGAUAAAAUUAAAAGGAAAACAAAAAAAAAUGAUGAAAUUUGGCAGCAGAUGGGAAACCAAACGAGUUUGGGUUUUUUUAUGGUUGAGUUUCAUCCAUUGCUGGUGGAUGAAACGGUGCUUUCGGAUCUCGCAGCCUUACAGCAUCCCGGCAUCCCACCGGCACCGCGCCGACCAGAAUGUGUCCCUUGGAGUACACCAAAGAAAUGCCGAGCACUUUACCCCGUCCUCCCCGCCGGGCUGCCCCAGCCAACGAUGGCGACAAAAAUUGUAUUAAUUUUAAGGGAAAAAAAAAAUGGAGGUAUUGGCGCUGUCCGCCUGGGAGUUCUCCGCAGGAGGCGAUCCUGGCCGAAAGCUAGGCAUAGGAAAAUGAGCCCCCAAAAACCAGGUUUUAACCCCGUAGAGUUGUGAGGUUUAGGGAAAAAAAAACCAAAACAAAACCAAAAAGUGUCUAAACAGAAGAACGAUGUUUUUAGAAUAGUGAUUAUGCUCGUUUUAGCCACGUUGGCUGACUGCUCUGGGUCAUUUUAAGCGUAACCUGUGGUCUCUUUUCUGCCAAAAGGAUACGAUGAAGAGUUUUCCUUGGUUGUGGGGAAACCAGAUUUAUUCCCAGGCGAUCUCACCCAAUGCGUUAACGCUUCUCUUUUCCAUAACUGUAAAUACCUGAAUAUUUAUUAGAGUAGGGCACCAUAUUAUUUUCAUCAUCUGAGCCAAAUAUCUGUGUGCAAUGUAUUUCCUUUCCUUUCUCUCAUGUAAGUUUUGUACAGCUUAUGAAUAAGUAAAAAAAAAAAAAAAAAAGGAAAAAGUUACUUUUUUUUUUUCCCCUAAACUUUUUUAGAUUUGACCUUGGUAAAUACUGUAGAUUCUUCCCUCCCCCACCCCCCACCCCGUGUAAUUAAUGCACUCUACUGUUCCAUAAUGCUGUAACUUGUAGAAAUGUUGUAUAUUUAUUUUCUGCUUAUUUAAGUUCCUGUAAAGAUUUUGGUUUCCCCCUCCGCUCCUCCCUGCCCCUGCAACAAGCGCCGGAUCACCUUCGAAAGCGCUGCCUUCUGGCAGCGCAGCCAGGAUGGUUCAGAUAAUGAGAUUAUUAUCCUUUUUUUUCCUCGAAGUGCCUAAGUCCCACGUCCCAGUAGUGAUUUAGGCACGUCAAAGACUUCAACAUCAGUGAAAUUCAGUGGGAAUUUGGCUUCUCCAUCCCUGCGGUUUUUGCCACCCCCUUUUCAAAGCCACAUUUUCCUCCGUCUCAGCCACUUUCCCUGGACCAGCUGUAACAUCAGGUACCGCCCCAGCGCACGCCGAUGUGCUGAUGAAUUACUAACUUGUUUCACAGGACCCAGCGUAUGUAGCAUUUUUACUGCAAUUUCCCUGGCUUACUUGUGUUUUGCACUGAUGAAUUUUGGACAGGGUAAUUGCCACUCUACUCGUGCAAUACUGCUGUAAAUAAUUGCAGAUCUUUUUUUUUUUUUUUUUUUUUAAGAUGCAAUCUUUUAUGUUCUUAAUUUGAGUUUUAUAUGAAUAAAAACUUCCAACUAUU